GAAGCAUUUGCAUUGAGUAGAGUCGGAUAUAUUUUUGGACAAGAAAGAAGCGAAUAUGAGAUGUUUCCGGUGAGAAUCCGCUUCUCAUUUUCAUCGCUCCCUUCAGGAAACGGGUAUGUGGAGAGCCACUCCCUAAAGACAAGGUCAGCUACAUAAAAUCCAUUCAUUGGACUACUGAUAUUAUCUACCUCACGAGCAAGAGGUGGUGAGACCUCUCUUCCACGAUGUGCCGCGCACAAAGGGCAAAGCGUUCUGUAGAGGGCCUACGGGCUUCCACAGAGCACUUAACCCCGGUGUCCGGGUCAAAAGCCUCGCAAGUUGUCCAUCCUCUACGUGCUAUGAAUGCUGUGAGAAUAGGCAAGUAGACUCCAAGAGCAUUGACUAUUCAAACUCACGCGACGUGAAUUUGCCGCCAACGUUGGGAUUAAUCCCAACAACUUCCACAAAGUAUGCCUCCGACUCGGCAUUGUUGGGUACUUUCUCAAAGGCUACAGCAAGCUGACCGGGGGGAACUUGACCCAAUGCUUUAUAUAAAAGAAUCCUCUACUUGCACGUGGGAAUACUUUCAUCUUUUUCUUUCUGCAACAAGGAGAAAGAAAGAAAGAAAGAAAGAAAGAAAGAGAGGCACUUUUCUUUUUCUCUAUUACAACAACAACAACAACUCGUUAUUACAAGACCUAUACUAUGAUGGUCCAACCUUUGCGAGGGGUGUCUUGUCUUUGACGUGACACACGGACUUGGACUGCUGGGAUGAAUAUUGGACACGCGGAACACGUCUUUCCAUCUCCCCCCCUUUCCAUCUCACUCGUUUUGGCAAAAAGGGUUCCCUGCACUCCCCGUGGACUCUUGCGUGCUGAUGACAGAUUGACCUCACUUUCGUACAACGAGAGGAACGCCCAGGUCUGGACGCCCAAUGAUUAGCAAAUACGCAAUUGGACGGAAACAUUGAAGAUUACAAAGGACACAAAAAUGGAUGCAUCUGGCAGGUGGCAUAUUGGACUUUUUGAGAACUAUUCCCUUUUCGUGAAGGGAGCGAUGAAAUAGAGAAGCGGAUUCUCAGCGGAAACAUUUACAAGAAGAUUACAAAGGACACGAAGAUGGAUGCAUCAGGCAGAUGGCAUAUUGGACUCUGUGAGGACUUUUCGGAACAUCCGCUCAAAAUCGGGUUUUCUGCGGCAUCCAACGAAUCCUUCGACAAGGGAUUUUUAAGGUCUGAAGUAGAAUGUGGAGCCCGCUUUAUGCCCACGCUCUACACAAAGAGCCUACCUGCUGGUGAGCUUGUCUGCUAUCUGGAUUUGUCCACGAUAGUAUAUAAUAUCCAGCGCAACCCGUAUGAUUUGAGGGUUCCUGCUUUUGAGGAUGGAAGAAUUGAUCUACCCGCCAUUCCUCAUCUGCCAAAAAACCGUCACCCUCUCCGUGAUAUCAUUACGUAACAGUGCACUCUGUAUGUAACCUGCAAGGAUUGGCAGUUAGAUAACAAAUUCUACGUCCCCAGCUGCAGCAUUAAUAGCACUCAAAAAUGUUACUUGAUGUUAAUAUAACGCAACAACUAAUCGCUGCUGC